GAAUCCCCGAGGCGUGCCAGGGAUAGUCGGCAGUGAAAUUUCGCGGAACAUGAGAGGCUCGCUGAUAAUAUUGGCUACGUGUUUCGCAGCCUGCGUGGCAGUCUGCCGCCCUGGCUUGAACGGAAGGAAUGAUUGGUACCGGUGCGAGGGGUUGAACGAAAUAAGCGAAUCGGUAUUGCCGUUUGGCGCGGUCGGAUUGAGCAUCGUGGAAUCGAAUGUGAGCAGGAUUCGGAGCGGCUCGUUCGCCAAGCUUUCCGAGUCGUUGGAACAGUUGAACGUAACCGGAUGCGGGGUGGAGACGAUCGAGCCGGCCGCCUUCGCCGGUCUCGGCAAAUUAAAAGUAUUGGGUUUGGUCGAUAACAAGAUUCGAAGCAUCGACGCAUCUUGGAUCAGAGACGUGUCGAGGAGUCUGAAGGCGUUGAUCGUGUGGCGUAAUCGGAUCACGGAAAUAGAUCCCGAAAUUUACGAUCUGUUGACCGAGCUGGAAGUUUGGGACAUCGCUCACAACGAGCUCGCCAAUUGUCUGCAACCGGAAGCGUUGAAGAAGCUGAAGAAACUUGGAACGAUCUUGAUCGCGGGCAACCCGUGGGCGUACAGAUGCCGCUUUUCCAUGACCUGGUAUCUGGGCAAGAAUCACGUACGUUUCAUCAGGGAUUGGGGCAUAACCGAUCUUCUGAUCGAGGAGUGUCUGGCUCACGAGCCGGGCGCGCAGCAAGACGACGCGAUUUUGAACGAAUGCGUGGACAGAAAGAUCGGCUCCUCCGACUCGUUGCCUCAAAGCGUGGCCGGGUUGAACGAGCAAGUUCGAGAAUUGGCUCGAAAGCUUCGCAGCUUGGAGGCCGACGUGGCCACGUUGAAGAAGUCGAGGAUCUGAUUCCAUUCGUUCAACUUAUAUAUAUUUCUUCGAUACGUCGCCUUAUCACGAAUAAUAAACAGUAAAUCUACAUCGAGAUGUAGAUAUUAUUUAAAAUGCAAA